CGCCUGGGUUAGCGUGUGGAGUAGACGAGACAGCGAUCAAGGAUCACGCUUCAGGAAUAUUCAGAAAUAAGCAAUGGAGAAGAAGAUCCAGAACGUUGCGGGACAGGAUAGGAGCUCCUUGGCGAGUGAGUUCAAGAAGCGGGAUGCCAUCUGGCCUCUAGUGCUGUUCUACAUCCACGUGAACAUUCUCGGGCUGUACGGAAUUUACGUGCUGGUGUCGAGCGCCGCGUGGUCCACUAUUUUAUUCACUGCGCUCCUCACACUAAUGGGAAUAAUGGGGGCAACCGUGGGCGUUCAUCGGCUGUGGGCCCAUCAAACGUUUACGGCAUCCAAGCCGUUGCGGGUCUUUCUCAUGUUUUGCCAGACGACGGCCGGUCAGGGCUCCAUUUACAGUGUCGUCCAGGCGCACCGGCUCCACCACGAAAAGUUCCAUCAAGACGAGGAUCCCUACUACAGCAAGCACAGCUUUCUGUACGCCCAGGUACGGGGCGGUCUCCUCAAGUAUUCGCCACAGCAGGAGGAGCUCUUAAAGGCCGUGGACAUGACGGACAUGGAAAGUGAUUCGAUAGUGAUGUUCCAGAAGCGCUUCUACGUUCUGCUCUACAUAUUGUUCAACAUUCUUCUGUCGGUGAACACCCCCUUCCAGUACUUCGGGGACUCCCUGUCUGCCUCCAUGUUUGUAGGCUUCUGGUUGCGGAGCCUGAUCGUGAUUAAUCUUGGCAACCUGGUGAACUCUGCUCACUUUGUGUGGAGCAUCCACAAGGGUUUCAAGCCCACCGACUCCAACACCAUCUUCCUCAUUACGAAAAGCUACUGGCCCCAGUUUCACUACCUAUUGCCCCAGGACUACCAGAGCGGGGAGUUCGGUGACUAUGCGAGCGGGCUGGGGGCCAGUGUGAUCCGCGUCUUUGCGGCCCUCGACUGGGCCAAGGAUCUACGCACCGUCGGAUCGGUGGCCGUACGUCAGGGCCUGACCCGAGCGGUGGAGACUGGCCGUCCUAUUGUCGAGUGCAUUGAAGAGCAGGUGCGGCUCGAGGAAAGCGUUUUGCCCGCCAAUCACUUCCUCAAUCGAGAGAAGUUCAUGGUCUCCGUGUUUGUCAUCGCUGCCGUUGCUUUGCAUAAUUGGCUAAUGGUCAGUGAUUACAACACCGCAACAGCAGCAGCUUUAGCUUUAGCACAUCUGCAACACCAUCAGCACCACCGCAGUGGGGCACCACCUGUCAACAGACAACAAAGGGAUUGGUCGCGUGGCACUUUGAACGUCUGCAACGAGGGCUACUUUCUGAGGAGGUGGGAGUGCCACCAGAGCGAAGGCGAAAUGGGUCACCUCUCCACGCCGGAGCGAGUGUGCAGCAAGACGCCGAUCCCCAGUAACGGCGAGGGAAGUCCUCCGAUACUGGCCCGUCGUUCUAAAUUGAACGGCGACUCCGCACAGGCCCGCAGGGGUGAGGAUUCCUCACCGGAACUGCCCCCGCGUGGCAAAAUGGCGCUUUCCAAGAGCCUCUCGUCGAUGAAGCCGGCAGCUUCGAAGGUGCCCAAGGACCUCGUCGAUCAUGUGCCCAAGGACCAGAUCGACCUGGAGGAAUACACAAGAAAAUUCCAGGGAGACAAGGUACUCGGUUAUCAGUUCCAGGCUCCUCUCAAGUGGGACAAAGUCAUCCAGAUCUCGUUGCUCCACAUCGUGGCCGUUGUCUGCCUGUUCACCUAUCCUCUACGCGACCUCAACCCAUACACGACGCUCUGGUCGUUCUUCGUUGGUGGCGUGGCCGGAUUUGGAGUGACCGCAGGGGCCCAUCGCUUCUGGACCCAUCGCAGCUACACGGCGAACGCUGUGCUGCGCUCUAUUCUGAUGAUCUGCUACUGCGUGGCUGGACAGAACACACUGUACGACUGGGUGAGGGACCACCGCGUGCACCACAAGUAUUCGGAGACAGACGCGGAUCCGCACAACGCCAACCGCGGAUUCUUUUUCUCGCACGUGGGCUGGCUGAUGAUGCUGAAGCACCCGGAUGUGUUGCGUCGGGGCCGCCAAAUCGACAUGAGCGACGUGCUCGGCGAUCCUGUUGUGCGCUUCCAUCAGAAGUACUUCAUCCCCCUCAAGAUCUUCCUCUGCUUCAUCCUACCCAGCGCCAUACCCGUCUACUGCUGGGGUGAGUCCUGGCAGCUGGCCUUGAUCCAGCAGUGCCUCUUCCGCUACGUGAGUAGCUUAAACUUCACCUGGUCAGUAAACAGUGCCGCCCAUCUCUGGGGAUCCCGCCCAUACGACAAGCGGAUCAUGCCCAGCGAGAACAUUUACGUGUCGCUCGUGGCCAUGGGCGAGGGUUGGCACAACUAUCACCACGUCUUCCCUUGGGACUACAAAGCAGCUGAGUUGGGAAAUUACGGAGUUAACUUCACCACCAUGGUUCUCGACGCUUUCCAUAAGCUGGGCUGGGCCUGGAACAUGAAGCAGCCAUCCAAGGAGCUGGUCCGACGCACCCUCGAGAAGUACGGUGACGGCAGCCAUGUCUCGCAGAUGGGAGCCGGUCCAGAGGGUGCAUUUGCCGGGUCCUCGCAAAUGGUGGGCCACUUCCACUACGCAGAGGUACCCGACCCCGAGCUAGAGUACGAUGCCGAGUCGAGCAGCACGGAGAGUGCAAAGCUCGACGAGAACGAGAACGAGAGCGAGCGGCAGAAGAAGGGUAAGAAGGUGAACACAACCUAGGGGACUCCCCAAGCCGGUCCACUUAAGUGGGGCUCUCUCAGAAUCGGAGACGGAGUCAGAGACGGAGUCAGAGUGGAAUGUGAAAUCUUAUUCAUCCCUAUCUGUUACUAUGUAUCUGUAUCUGUACUUACGCAUAUGGUACACAGAGCAAGGGCGGGACAUAGUCGAUAAUCGUUUUAUAACUUAAUAAUAUUCUAUCAUUACCUAUAUUUUCACUUAAAUAUAACACUUGCACCUUCAACGGUUAUACUCACACACAGAUACACACACCACGCACACAUCCUCUCACAUUCACACUCGAUAUUUUCAUUUUUGUAGGUUUAGGUUUUUAGCAGCUUAGCGCGAUAGGAAAUUAGUUAAGUCACCCACAAAUUUACAUACAAUAAGUU